AUGUCACGUGACCCAUUGGGCCUUGUGGAUUUACUACGCGUUUGGCUUUCCGAUCGAUGUUUGCAGGCCCAUCGCAGCCAUCACGUCCCUUCCAGAUCGCUCUUUCCGAAUAGUCCGCAGCUUUGGGACCAGAACUCACCGGAAGCUGUUGAGCGCAGCGUUAAGACCAUGCAAUUAGAGAACAAACCGUCACAACAGACCAACAAGCGCAUAAAGGCUUUAGAUGUGCUGGAUAAGCACAUUAGCCAGCGGUCGACUCAGAAGAAACUCCAGCAGGUGCCGCAGCUGCUGCCAGGCGACUCACAUACUUCCAGCGGCGAAGACGAGGGUCUGCCCGGCAAGAUCUGGCGUGGCGACGGCCGGGCUGCGGGGCGUCCCCGCACGUCGCCGGAGAUUCGGGUGGAGCGCCAGAACGCAGACGAGGAGCGGCCCACGCUGAGCGCAUCGUCGCCGCUCAAGAAGUCGGUGGUGUUCUCCGAGGAGGUGACAUCGUCCCCUAUCCGCGCGACCGUCUCGUCGAGCCCUGUCCGCUCUGCGCACAACCGUCCGCCCUCCAAGUCGAUCCUAAAGAGCUCGCCGUCGAAGUUGUUAGCAGGCGUACAAGGACAGGAGCGCGCGCUACAUCAGUUCCUGAACCCGAACAUGGCAUCGAUUGUUGCAGUCGAUCCCUUCAGCCUGGAUUACUGGACUGUGGGCGAGGUACAUACGCUGAGCGACCAGAAUAGCUUGGCUGAAUACAAGCGAGUGUUAGAAGGUGCGGUGCAUCUGCUCAAACAGCCAGCUGGCUCCAGCAGGCAGUUUGAAAUAUACGCGACCUUGAACGGCAUUUUGCCCUCUCCAAACGCCACGAGCGUGAGCGAUGUAGACGCGCGCAAGCUGAGUCUGACAAUCGAAAACAUUGACGUUCUCAUGCAGAUCUCAUAUGUGAAGUUGAAGCAAACACAGGAGAACCUGCUACUAAGCAGCAAAAAGGACCCUUUUCUUUCGAGGCUUUAUGUGCAAAUUGUGAGGUUUUUUAGCAACCUACUGGCCACAGUUCGUAUUGUAAAGAGCUUUGAGCGGAAGCCACAUGUUCGUUCUAUUUGCCAGUCAGUGAUGGAUCUGGCGCUAGAGUCGUUGAAUCAUGAGAACACGAACAAAGUCAUGAUCACCGCACAGCUCACGCUGCUACGAGAAGAAAGGUAUGGCGAGUUCUUUUUAUCAGAUAUCCAAAUCAAGACUUUCAUAGAAGCCGUUGCUAAUAUCAAGGGAAUAGCAAGCACUAAUCUGCUAUAUGAAAAGCAUCUACUACUAAAACAGUAUCUCGUCAAAUAUCCUGAUUGCAUGUUGGACUCGGUCAGAUUGUGGUUUUCUACCGAAGUGCUAGCGAGAAUACUUAUUGUGCACGAACAUUAUAACGGUAAACUGCUCAGUAGUAGCAUUUCGGUGAUGCUUGAGCUGCUGAAAGUUAGUUUAGUCAACAGGCGGCGUCUAGAGAUAUCUGCUCUUUUGAACACUACUGCGGUAGAGUGUAUCCCGCAGUUAGAUAACAAGGAAUUUGCAAGGUCAAGAGUUCAACGUUCCAAAACUACUAAACAACUACUUCAGGAGCGAAUUAAAGAGCUCAUCUUGGAGAACAAGGACUACAGGUCAGCAAUGGAUAUUUGGCUUUGCGUAAUGGGAUUAGUAUAUGGCGAUCCCUCUUCCCUGGAAAGUAUCCUAGAUGAAGAAGGCGACAGUUGGAUAAAGCUGAACUUGCUUUGCCAUAACUCUAGCGAUCCUGCAGCCUCAAAGCUAGCGUUUAAAGCCUGGCGCAUACUGAUUUAUCUGACAUUCGUUAACUUCCAGUUGAACUUUUCGCAAGCAAAUGAGUUGAUGAAACUCUUAUUACGGCCCUUGAGGUUAUUCGCCGAAUGUGAUCUGAACAAUAAGUCUAUCAUUGAAGGGAUUAAUUAUACCAUCAGUGACAUACUUUAUAUGUCAUUUUCUGAUCCAUCGUCAUCCAUUAGGUUUCAAUAUCUACAAAGACACAUAAUAUCACCGUUAUUCAUGGACAUUCUUCCCAAGUAUAAAUGUUCAGCUGUUAUCCAGCAUACAGAGGGAAUUUUUGUUAAACUUUUAGGUAAGAAUGAUGAUGGAAGACAGGCAAAGAAACUGUUUAACCCUAUGCGUGUACUAUCGCCUGUGGGGAUUACUGAAAGUGAUUUCUCAGCGAUACCUUUCAAUAUUCUUAAUUGCAGCUGGGGGGAUAUCAUGAACCUAGUUUCAAUUAUGUUGACAUUUGAACAUAUAGAUUUGGGCGCCAUUUUCGAAAUGUUUCUGGCAUUAUUACUGAGGGUUCCAGAUUCAUUGCGAACACCUGAUAAUUGUACCACUUGCGUGGCAUUUGCGAAGCGCCUUCUUUUGGAACUAUCAAAAGAGGACUCUGCUGUUGCAUUUGAUGCGAUUUUAGAGAAGUGCGUUUCCUUUUUCUUCCAAGCUUUCGAAGCUAUACUUUUUGAAGGUCUUUCUGGUGUUACUCCUUUUUAUGAUUUAAUUAACAUUGAAAAACAGUCUCCGGAAGAACAGCUACGGUGGCUGAAAUUAACAUUGGAUCUUACGAAACACAUGAUUCCUGAUGUUUUCAUUGUUGAGAAGUUCUUAGAACUAUCCAAUCCUGCUAUCAAUUCUUAUGCCGGGAAUUUUGUUGGCUCAAAACUUCUUUCAGCCACUAUUCAGCCGUCGAUUCUGGAUUCUUUCCUUACUAUUGUUAACAAGGUGCCCACUCCAGAGGCGAUUGAGAAUGUUUUAGAAUUCUGCACGAAUGUUCUCCCGGAGAGCAUAGAUAUCCUGAGUAAACUGAAUUUUCUCGACUGGGAUGAUAAUGCAUUGGUUUAUUUUGUUAAAAAAUACUCAAAGAGGGUUUCUAAUGGUAGACUAGAUCCUAAUUUAUUGGAAAGACUACGUCCGCAUCUAUUCGUGAAUACCAACUUAUUUGUUGAACUAUCGACAUUGCUAGUCAAAUCUGGCGAGAGAGAACUAAUGAAAGAGCUUGUAAGUCAUCACCCAUAUUCGAUAUCGCUAUCUAUGCUCGAUAAGGUCGAUUUGACUGAAGCAUUGGCCAAAGAGUCAGUUGCUCAACUAUUAUCGAGGAUAUCCGAAUUAUCAUUAGAUGAGCAGUAUAAGUUAUUAAUACACGCAAUCAAAACGAGGGAGGCCUCGGCUCUUGUGGCAUCCUUUGAACAUAUCAAGUUACUAUUGGAAAAUAAACCACAGAACAUUUCGGUCGAUUUGGAUAUAAUUUCCAAGGAUAUUUUUGCACUCUGCUGUGAUGUUAAAGAAUGGAAAUUAAUGGCUAAUAUCAGCGGUGUUUUGAUCGAGAGAAACCUUGUAACUCAUUUGUUAAUGAACUUAGAGGAUAAGGCGGAUAUUGUUCUACAGUAUUUUGAUCCCGUAACGAUAAUAGCCAUCUUAGCCCGGUAUAGUGACAACAGUACCACCUGUGACGCAAUUUUCCGUAAAUGUCUCGAAGAUCAUGAUCCCUUUGUUUGCUUUCAGUUGCUCAGAGAAUUGGUUGGAACCAAUAAUUUCAAGGUCUUCAGCGCGAACUACGUUUAUUUGUUCAAAUUCAUAUUCGAUCCUAAAGAUAGAUUUUGUGAAAAGAAUAGAGAAGAGGCGUUGGAGCUAUUCCCAGUUCUUACAAAUCACUUAAUGCUUUUAUCUCAAAAUAUUGUAUCGGAAGCUAUGGAAGCUAUUAAGAGCAUGGUAACACUUCAGGGCCGAGAGUAUCAAUUCCAACUGCUUGCACGUAUGGUUCAUCACCCACAAUUCUCUGUGAAAGGAGAUGAACGCUUGGUAAACCUAAUAAGGACAUGGAAGGAAAGUACUAGCACACCAAAGAAGCGGCCGAGAAUGUUUAGAUUCAUUUCACCGCGAAAGGGUGAUGUAACUGCUAUACAAGAGGAAAUCACAGUGCCCGUAUCAGGCGGGCAUGCUAUCUGCGAGAACGACAUAGAUGAACCUAGGACUGGUGCAACGCUCAAUGACCCACAGGAUGAUGCUAGUUCGUCUGCAGAUAUGGCUGAUUACCCGGUACUCAAUAAUUUAUCAAAUCCAGCGAGUGGGCGAGAUGAAGAUGAGACGGAACAAGAAUCAUCUGAUGAAUGCAUUGCUUCACAGAGUCACCUUAACAGAGAAGCGAGGAAAUUGGCGCAGAAUAAUGGUGUUUUUCCAAUUGAAGGAGUGGCGACAGACAUUCUCGAUCAAACCCCUUCCAGUCCGCCCAGUGGACUCCCCGCUCCAAAUUCUGCAGUUGAGAAUGAUAUAGAUAACGAUGCAGUAAAGGGGGACAAUUCCACCAGCAAUGAGCACCACGCGUCAAUUAAUUCCUCCCCCGAUGCGGAACCUGCGGAAGUUGACAGCCAUCCCAUGGGAAAUCGGGGUUCGCGUCAGAACGCCGAUCCGGAACUCGCAGAAGACUGCCCUACUCGGGGGAACUGUCAAACAGAUCGGCAAAACAUAUGUGAUAAAGAUGCCCAAGCCGAUUUCGAAGACCUGCCUGAUUCACCCGUGCCUACUUCUUUUGACAAGCGGGAAGGUGGUAAUGACAUUGCCAGUUUCGCUGACAAGCAAGGGUUGGCUUCAAUGGCCACGGAAAAGGCUGGAGAACGAGUCUUCGAUUUCGUAGAAGACACACAUUCGACGCCUGUGAAAAUUGUCCACAUGCCUAAUCAGCCCAUUGAACCGGAGCACAAAGGGAAUUCUGCAAACAAAGAUCCCGGCGAUUCCCCAUUGAUAGUGGGUGCUACAACCGUUGGCCAGACAGCUGCAAGUGAGGAAUCGCUUGAGGAAGAGCAAGAUCCAGACGUCUCGGUCGUGGCUCCGUUAAGGAUCCCGAUAUUCAAGAGCAAUCACGCAUUUUACCCCCAUCUCGGAACUCAUAGUGACGAGGAUAGAAUUGCUGUGAAGGAAGAGAAUAAUACCGUAAGCUUUGAGUCUCCGGUACUGCACCAACCCCAGCCACCCAAUACUGGUAACGACACAUCACGGGAAACGACUCCAUACUACGGGAAGCCACUGAAGGCGAAAUUCCCAUCCAAGAAAGUCCGUAGAGUUGUAUCGAGGAUAAAUGCACUGGAACAGGAUGAUAUUACCCACAUGGGUCCAGAUGAAAAAGAUUCCCUCCGCCGGGAACUCUUGACAUUUAUAAUGAAAUUAGAGGGCCUUUGA